GAGUGAGAGGGUCCCCCUCUAAAGUGGCAAAGUCAUGGCUUCGGUGUUCAUGUGCGGAGUGGAGGACCUGCUCUUCAGCGGGAGCCGCUUCGUCUGGAACCUGACGGUGUCGACGCUGAGGAGGUGGUACACGCAGCGGGUGAGGGGAUGCCACCAGGCGCUGAGGACGUGGUGCGGGAUAAGGGACGUCUAUCAGAUGACAGAAGGGAGACACUGUCAGGUACAGCUUCUGGAUGACAGGAAGUUGGAGCUGCUGGUUCAGCCCAAGCUCUUGUCACGGGAAUUGUUGGAUCUGGUGGCUUCCCAUUUCAACCUCAAAGAAAAGGAGUAUUUUGGGAUAACAUUCAUAGAUGAUACAGGUCAGAAUAUCUGGCUACAGUUAGAUCACAGAGUUCUGGAUCAUGAUCUGCCCAAGAAACCUGGUCCAGCGACUUUGUUUUUUGCUGUCAGGUUUUAUAUUGAAAGCAUUUCCUUUUUGAAGGACAAAACCACGGUUGAGCUCUUUUUCCUGAAUGCAAAGUCCUGUGUGCAUAAGGGGCAUAUUGAGGUGGAAAGUGAGACAGUCUUCAGGUUAGCUGCUUUGAUUUUACAGGAAGCUAAAGGGGACUACUCCAGUGAUGAGAAUGCAAGGAAAGAUCUAAAGAACUUGCCUGCCUUUCCUACCAAGACACUACAGGAACACCCAUCGCUCGCCUUUUGUGAGGACAGAGUCAUUGAACACUAUGUAAAAAGUAAGGGGCUGACCAGAGGACAAGCGAUUGUUCAGUACAUGAAAGUGGUUGAAGCUCUGCCUACAUACGGAGUCCAUUACUACGGAGUAAAGGAUAAACAAGGGAUCCCAUGGUGGCUCGGGAUCAGUUAUAAAGGAAUCGGCCAGUACGAUUUACAAGAUAAAGUCAAGCCUAGGAAGUUAUUCCAAUGGAAACAACUGGAGAAUCUUUAUUUCCGUGAGAAGAAAUUUGCUGUUGAGGUUCACGAUCCCCGUAGAAUUUCGGUGUCACGGAGGACUUUUGGACAGAGCGGCCUCGUAGUGCAAACUUGGUAUGCGAACACAUCUCUGAUCAAAUCCAUCUGGGUUAUGGCAAUCAGUCAACAUCAGUUUUACUUGGACAGGAAACAAAGCAAAGCAAAAAUCCCCUCAGCCAGAAGCUUGGACGAUAUUGCAAUGGACUUAACAGAGAUGGGAACACCGAAGGUUUCGAAAUUAGCCACUUUGGAAGCAAAGAGUCAGCUUAUUAUGGCCAGCAAUGGUAGCCUAAUCUCCUCAGGGUCUCAAGAUUCAGAGGCCAGCGAAGAGCAAAAGAAAGAGAAAAUCUUGGAGCUGAAAAAGAAAGAAAAGCUUUUGCAGGAGAAGCUUUUGCAGAAAGUUGACGAACUGAAGAAAAUCUGCCUGCGGGAAGCGGAGCUCACUGGGAAAAUGCCAAAGGAAUACCCCCUGGGCACAGGAGAGAAACCACCUCAGGUCAGAAGGCGUGUAGGCACAGCCUUCAAAUUGGAUGGCAAUCUGCUUCCCAGUGAGGAGGACCCAGCGCUGCAGAAUCUGGAGAGCAACUUUUUCAUACAGCAAAAGAUGGUAGAAGCUGUGAAGAAACUUUCCAGUGAGCCAGACCUAUGCAAAAAUGUGAAGAAGAAGAGGAAACAAGAGUACAUAGAGGCAGUGAAAAAGCUUCAGGAGAUUGAAAAUUCCAUUAAUGAGUAUAGGAUUAAGUGUGGAAAGAAGCCUACACAGAAAUCAACCCUGACCUUACCAGAUGAAAUCAUCCCUUCUGAGAGCAGCUCUUUGUCUGACACAACAACAUUUGAAGAUGGUAGCGAUUCUCUUGCUGUGCCAGGCCAAAGAAUAAACUCUGUGCCACUUUCUCCAAAAUCUCCACCACCCAAAUCCCUUGGGAUGGAAAGAAUCCAUCUCAGGAAGUCCUCCAUGAAUGAGCAACUCCUUGAAUCCAGGCACUCCAGAGACCCCAUGUCAACACACAGCAGCCCAUACAGAACAGUGGAGAGGCAGCACCGUGGUGGAAGAAGUAUGCCCACAACACCAGUUCUCACACGCAAUGCGUAUAGUAGCACCCAUUUACAGCCGGAUGUAUCCCCCCAGCACUGCAGGCAGCGGAGGGGCAGCUUAGAGUCCCAAACCAACUUGCUGUCUGAGACUGCCAGCGAAAAGCCAGUGUUCACCCUUUCAAAAUCUCCAAGAAGCAGCAGUACAGAAAUCCUUGAUGAUGGGUCCUCCUACACCAGCCAGUCCAGUGCAGAAUACUAUGUGACCUCAACCCCAAGCCCCUGCUAUACAACCCAGACUCUGGACAACCGUACAAGAAACAGGAGAUGGACCAAGAAACAGAACAUUUCUGCUGCGAAUUCGGGAAGCAUGCCAAACCUCGCCCAGAAGGACGUCCGCAAUGGUGGCUACCCAAAAAGCCAGGAGCAACCGUCGGUCACCUGCUACAUUCCCGGCUAUGCCCCUUACACAGAGUGUGAUGUGUAUUACAAUAGCGGCUACGUGUAUGAAAAUGGCACAGAGGGCCAGUACACGGUUAACCCUUCCUACCGUUCGUCGGCGCACUAUGGACACGAACGCCGCUAUCGGGAUUUCAGGUCUUUCCACGAGGACGAGAUGGAGAGAAUGCCGCACAACCCGUACGCCACCCUUCGCCUGCCGCGGAAGCCGUCCGUGAAAUCUGAACACAUCACCAAAAACAUUCACAAGGCCUUAGUAGCAGAGCAUCUUCGCGGCUGGUACCAGCGUGCCUCUGGGCACAAAGACCAGGCUCAUGGCCUGCAGGCAGGCUUUGAUGCCGACAGAGGGUCACAGAGGAGCCUGGGCUUUGCUGGACUACAGGUCCCCUGUUGUCCGAGCAGCCGCGCCUCAUCUUUCUCUUCAGCAUCUUCUACAAAUGCCUCUGGGAACUGGCGGAAUCCGAUUGCACUGGGACUUCCUGAUUAUGAUAUGCUGUCUCAAUCCUCUUAUGCUAGCUGUUACGGGAGUGUGUAUGGCAACCACCCACUGCCAAGCAGGAUGUAUGCCGAACAAGCCAGUGGGCAGCAGCGACAGGGCCAGUUGGAAGGUGACUUGCAAGACGGUGACCAGAGACUGUUCUGGCAUGAGGAUUCGAAGCCUGGGACUUUAGUGUGAGCCUAGCCUUGGCUUCAGUUACCCCAGUGUGCCUUGCACCUUUAUGCUGUUCUACAAAGCAACAAAACAAAACUUAGCUUCCUGGUGCAACUCAGAAAUGAGGACUGUUAUGGGAGAAUGAAGUAUUCAGCGAGACAAAGCUGCAGGUUCUUAUCCACGUUAGCACAACAAUAUGAAUCCAAAUAGACCAAAAUGAGGAAGAGGUCUGGUUUUAAAUCUCCUACCACAAAAUGCAGCCUUUGGUUGAAGUAUUUGGAAAGCACUUUUUUAAAAAAGACGGAAAGAGAUGAUGGUGCAAACUUCAAAAAAAUGUGAAAAGGGGAUUCUUGUUGGGACCAUUUUAGGAGCACAAUUCAGAGAGAAAGAAAAUUACAACGGUGGAGUCGCUUCUUCUGUCAUAGCAUCUGCUGAUCAAGAAGACGAGUUUGUGGGCUACAGGGCAGAAGGUUGACUUUGCAGCACUACUUGAAGGAUGUUUGGGGGUUUUAAAACAGUAUUUUGAAUGAGGUUAAAGAUGUUUUUAAGAUGUGCUGUCCUGAAUGUCUCUCUCUUAUCGAGCACCAUGAAAAGAAAAGAAGCAGUGGUUGCACAUUGCAAUGUACCAUAUAAGUCUGUGGCAGCAGGGUGGCUGUUUUCUGGAAGUGCAAGCAGGCAUCUUCAAAUUGCUUCCUAGGGGGGAGUAAUUUUACACCUCUCCAUGAUAAAUUUUCAUUUAUGCAAGAAUGCAUGCAGGUUUAAUGUGGAAUUGCACAGGAAACACUUGGUUUUGAUACAUCUUAAGAAACAGAAAGUUUGCAAGAAUAUUUGCAUUACUGAUGUGACAAUAUGUCCAAUGCAUUGAACGGCUUCACUAUAUUGACCAGUAUUAGUUU